GGUGCCCUGCGGACUGGAGGGAGGGAAUCGCAGCCGGGAGGGAAGCGAGCGGCGGGAUCCGCGGUGGCGGUAGCAGCAGCAUGGUUACGCUGUACGGGGGCGUAGAGGGGGGAGGCACACGAUCCAAGGUCCUUUUACUCUCAGAGGAUGGGCAGAUCCUGGCAGAAGCGGAUGGACUCAGCACAAACCACUGGCUGAUCGGGACAGACAAGUGCGUGGAGAGGAUCAACGAGAUGGUGAACAGGGCCAAACGGAAAGCAGGGGUGGAUCCUCGGGUUCCUCUCCGAAGCUUGGGCCUAUCCCUGAGCGGUGGGGAUCAGGAGGACGCGGUGAGGAUGCUGAUGGAGGAGCUGAGGGACCGAUUUCCCUACCUGAGUGAAAGCUACUUAAUCACCACCGAUGCCGCCGGCUCCAUCGCCACAGCUACGCCGGAUGGUGGGAUCGUGCUCAUCUCUGGGACGGGCUCCAACUGCAGGCUCAUCAACCCCGACGGCUCUGAGAGCGGCUGUGGCGGCUGGGGCCACAUGAUGGGAGAUGAGGGCUCAGCCUACUGGAUUGCACACCAAGCAGUGAAAAUAGUGUUUGACUCCAUCGACAACCUAGAGGCGGCUCCUCAUGACAUUGGCUAUGUCAAACAGGCCAUGUUCAACUAUUUCCAGGUGCCAGAUCGGCUAGGAAUCCUCACCCACCUGUAUAGGGACUUCGAUAAAUGCAGGUUUGCUGGGUUUUGCCGGAAAGUUGCAGAAGGUGCUCAGCAGGGAGACCCCCUUUCCCGCUACAUCUUCAGGAAGGCCGGGGAGAUGCUGGGCAGACACGUUGUGGCAGUGUUGCCGGAGAUUGACCCGGUCUUAUUCCAGGGGGAGAUGGGCCUGCCCAUCCUGUGCGUGGGCUCUGUGUGGAAGAGCUGGGAGCUGCUGAAGGAAGGUUUCCUUUUGGCACUGACCCAAGGCAGAGAGAUCCAGGCUCAGAACUCCUUCUCAGGCUUCACCCUGUUGAAGCUUCGACAUUCCUCCGCCCUGGGCGCGGCCAGCCUUGGGGCCAGGCACAUCGGGCACCUCCUCCCCAUGGACUACAGUGCCAAUGCCAUUGCCUUCUACUCCUAUACCUUCUCCUAGUGCACCGGCCCUGGCUUUAUCCUCUCUAAGCAAGCCCAGUGGACAUUGGGUGCUCGGAGGCAGGAGGCUUUUUCUCCUUUUCCUUUUUUUUUUGUAAAAAAGAAACACAUAAAAGAAAAUAAAUGCACUUUAACCACUCCCCA